CGGCUCCGUCUUUCCACAAUCUGAUGACUGAUAAGGUUUUGCUAACUGACUCAACCCGAGCGCGGCAAAUUAUGUAGGCUUCUUUUUUUUUCUAGAAAAAAAAAUUAAACUUGAGUUAAUCAACUUGAAGGCGACAUACUUAUCCUUUUCUUCUCAAGAUAUUAGAAGCUGAAUAUAGAUUCAACUUUUAUAUAUCUUUGUGUCCCUAUAUUCCCCCUAUUUUCAUAUCACUCUACUUUCUCCUCUUCUAUACUUGUCUCGAUAUCAAUUAGAACCAUGGGUUGGUUUUGGGCAGACGGUCUUCAGACUGGAGCCCAAUCGCGAUCCUCGUCGCAUUACAACCUUCCUGCACGAGAUGGCUCUAGAUCUCCCCCUCCAGGUUGCCCAAUGCAUCAGAAAUCCGCCGAUGCCAUCACCCCUCCCUCGGCUUGUCCCGUCAAGCAUGCCCCGCCUUCAUCGGAAUCGCCUUCGUCAUGCCCCGUUGCUCACGACUCUCGUCCAUACGUAAAAGAGGCCGAAAGCCAAUCGGCGUUCUCAAAACUCAAUCCCCUUAACUAUAUGUUCCGUGACCUAUCUCAAGCCCCGGCAGCAAACCAAACGCAAGCGCUUCCUACGUCACGAGAACCAUCAACUAUUCCCAGGGGCGAUGGCGACGGUAACUGGGAGUACCCAUCUCCGCAGCAAAUGUACAAUGCUCUAUUACGCAAAGGCUACACCGAUACUGAUGUCACCGCUGUUGAAAGUAUGGUGAGCGUUCACAACUUUCUAAAUGAGGGAGCAUGGGCCGAAAUCAUGGAUUGGGAGAAAAGAUUUGCCGGUGGCUUGUACAAAGGCUGGCGCCUGUGCAGUCAUGGAGAACAAAACUUCGACACGAUGGCCAAACAGUACGGAUACGAUAAGGAGGUCGAAAAUCUGAGCCCGGGUCUAGUCAGAUUCCAAGGCCGUCCGAAAGACAUCACGCCCAAGGCAGCCAUGUUCCAGGUGAUGGGUUGGAUAUAUCCAGGAGCCUUCGGGACUGAACCGCCAUUUGAUCGACACGAUUGGUAUGUCUCUAGAAAUACCGAUGGCCAGCAAAAAGAAGUUCGUUAUGUCAUCGAUUACUACGAGGGGCCACCGGAGCCUUCUGGCGAACCCGUAUUCUACCUCGAUGUACGACCGGCCAUGACGGUAACGGGAGCCGCCGAGAGAGCGUUACGAUGGGGAUGCGACGUGUGGUGGAAAGCGAUAGGAGGUGACACCCGCGAGCAAAAUCUCCGAGAGAAACAGAACAAAGCAAAUUGAUGAUAAAAUAACCCGGCGAAAAUAAAUAUCACCACUAUCAAUGAUUAAUUCGGCGCGGAGUUUAGGAUUGCCUUGUACGAUGUACUAUCAAAGGGAGGCUAUUGUUUUUACGAGGCAUAACGAAGUCUCACGGUGCAUAAUGAUUGCUCCGAUUUACGAAAUACCUACGUUUAUUAUUCUGUAUCAUUCCAUGUAAUUCGCAGAUUUGCCAUCCCCUCUUCUCAAAUUAGAAGCAAUGCACCACAUCUGUUCAUAUUCGCUCAUCCGAGAUUCCAACGUGCCUACUUCGUACGUAGUAUCUACCUAGGUACCAGGGGGGGUUCAUGAGUGAUUUAUCGAUUUGGUAGGAUGGUAUGGUCUAGAUUUCAAAUCAGGAUGAAUUUUCUUUCGUCAGAAUUCUAUUAAUUUUAUAGCAGUUCUGGAGGGGUAUGCUAUCCAUCUGGAUGACCUUUACCGCCGCCGUAAGCCGUGGUUAACAGGAUCCAUUCCCUAAUAUAUGGAUAGUACCGGGUAAAAUUGUUAGCAGGUGCUCCACCAAUAAGCGCUACAGAUCCUCAAUUGGGAUUCCCCUCUACGCCUUGCAGAUCCGCCAUGAUUAUUCCUCCUGGCUAACCUAGACUCAUAAAGUGCUUUGCUUUUUUCUGUCAAAAUGGGUAAAAC